UCAGUUUGUGUACAAAUUUUCUUAUUUCCAAUAUAUUAGUUGGAUUAGUGAUAUGUUUGGAAAACAAAAAGAUAUAUAUUGCAAUUUUCUGAAAUGAAAUACAGUGUUGAAAAUCAGUUCAUCUUGCUAGUUCAUUGCCUCGUUUUCUUUCUUUCUUAGUCUCAAAACACCAAGAAUAAACCUCAACUCAAUGAAUCAAAGCCUUCUUCAAGUCAACUUUUAAGGCACAUCUACUGAAAUUUUACCUCUGCCAUACCCUCUAAACUCAUGAGCUAAAAGAGAAUUAUCAGAUAUGCUCCUCCCUUUUCCAAAAGCACUCUGGCGUGGUGAGAUUAAAUUAGGCAGAAGAGGUGUCAACCAUCUCACAAGGUCUUAGUUACAGCAGCAAGAAAUUGGCUUGAAAUCAGCAACAUUACUAGGUUUCUGCCCCUUGGGAAUAAGCACCAAGGUUGUUGUAUUGAAAGCAGGAAGCAUUUCAGAGCUUUAAAAGAAGCAUUGAACUGCAGCAAAAACGCCCUUCCAAACUACAGACCGUGCACUCUCAAAGAAGUGAGGGGUAUAACCAUCAGGUCCUGGAGAUUUUCCAUUACCCUGCUCAAAAAUUGCACUCUUAACUUCUUCCAUGGUCACUGGUUUCACCAAAUGCUGUUUACCCUCCUCAUGCACAGAACAUUGCAGAAGAUAAAAUAUGGCUGCUAGCUUUACAAGAGAUUCCGGCACCCAAACUCCAACUACUUAUGACAGAUUCCAAGAACUCAAAGCCUUUGACGACUCUAAAUCAGGCGUCAAAGGUCUCGUCGACGCCGGAAUAACCAAAAUUCCCCGGAUUUUCUGCCGGCCGAAGGUGGAGGAUCAUGAUUCCGUCAAGCCAAUCCCAACCCAGUUCACGAUUCCAGUGGUUGACCUUGAAAACAUUAAAACCCGGUCCGAUGAGGUGGUGGAAGGAAUCCGGAAGGCGGGUGGGGAGAUUGGGUUCUUCCAGGUGGUCAAUCAUGGGGUGCCCCAAAGUGUGUUGGAAGAGAUGUUGGCGGCGGCGCGUGGGUUUCACGAGCUUCCAUCCGAAGUAAAGAAAUCAUAUUAUACUAGGGAGAAGACGAAAAAGGUUAUAUAUGGAAGUAACUUUGAUUUAUAUGAGUCGAGAUUUGCAAAUUGGAGGGACACUUUGUUUUGUGUUAUGGGACCUGAACCUCUUCACCCUCAACAACUGCCUCUUGUUUGCAGAGAUAUAACAAUGGAGUACUCGAAACAGAUUCAUAAAUUAGGAACAACUUUAUUUAAGUUACUAUCUAAGGCAAUAGGGCUAACUCCCGACCACCUCAUAGGGUUGGAUUGUUCGAAAGGGCAUUGUCUUUUGAGUCAUUAUUACCCGGCAUGUCCUGAACCUGAACUGACUCUGGGAACUGCAAAGCACUCUGAUCCUGAUUUCCUCACCAUCUUACUUCAAGAUCAUAUUGGUGGACUCCAAGUUUUUCAUCAAAAUCAGUGGUUUGAUGUUCCUUUUCUGCCUGGGGCUUUGGUUGUUAACAUUGGAGAUCUCUUACAACUUAUAUCAAAUGACAAACUGAAAAGUGUGGAACAUCAGGUAUUGGCAAAUGAGAAAGGCCCCAGAGUGUCAGUGGCAUGCUUUUUCACUCCACAUUUGUACCCUUCAACCAGGAUUUAUGGACCAAUUAAGGAAUUAUUGUCGAAAGAAAACCCUCCAUUGUACCGUGAGACCACAGUUGAAGACUUCAUUAGUUACUAUGAUUCCAAAGGACUUGAUGAGAAAUCUGCACUUGCACACUUCAAGUUGCAACCUUAGCUCGCCAUCACUCUUCAGCUUCCUAAGGAUCUAAACCGCUUUGCACAAGGGUUUGUGGCACUGAAUAUAUAAAGCCUGAGAGAAACGAUGCAAAUAACAACAGUUACCAUGUAUUUAUAUAACUUCUAAUUGGAUCUUUUUAGUUAUCAACUUUUAAAUUUUAAUCAAGUUGUCCUUUUUCUUUUAACUUACAAACUGAUUAGCCAAGUCAAGUAUUAAAAUA